UGGAGAAGUGAAAUCAGUAUCCCGAUCCAGGCAGCACAGGAUGGCGUCAUUGACGGAAAUCAGCGGGUGCAAGUGUCACUGACAAACAGGAUCGAUACCGUCACUGACAUCAACACUGUCAAAACUGUCGAGGUGUUGGUUGAAGACACCGACAAUGGAGACCGCUGUUCGAUGCUUAGUCUGGGUCAAAUCAACACUUUUGAUGACACGGUGUACAACACGCACCAGGCGGGGGAAUAUGUCCUGUAUAGACACACUCGGUACCCCAUACAGGCUAAUGUCUUUGUCAAUGACUGUGGCCCUAACCUUCUCUGUACGUGCGCUGUAUCCGUCAGAGUUGGCGACGACGUAAUUCGUGUUGGGAAUUGUGACGGAAGUCUGACAAACAGACGCCCUCUGCUGAAGCAGCUGUUCUAUACUAGCCCGGUCAACAAGGAUUUCAAAGUGGUCAGCAGGAACUCGGGUGACUCCAUCACGGUUGUCAUACCAACUGGAGCAUUCCUCAAUGUCAAAUUAGCCAACAAAAAUUCACUCAACAUUUGGUUGUAUCCAUCUCCUCAAGAUUUAAGUAUGACAGAAGGCCUGUGUGGCGUCUAUGAUGGGUCCAUGCAGGAUGACCUAGUUCUAAGAAACAGCACAAUGUACUCAAUCUCAGGCUCUAAGUACCUCCAGGACUUCACUUCAGACUGGAGUGUGAUGAGUGAAGACAGUCUAUACACCGGCAUUUGCCCGAGUCUCAACAUCUCUCGAGACCUGCCGGAGACUGAAGUUUGUGAUUGUUCCGGUAGUGAUGUGUUCAGCUGUUCUGUGUGGAAUCUAAACAGAGACUGCAUGGCGUAUGGGGACUAUAGCCCAGGAGAAGACUACACUGACCAGAUGUUUAGAGCAGGACUCAAUGCCAAGAACUGUCGCCCAAACAUGACCAUUCCCAGAUUCAAACAAAUCCAGUUUGUACCAAACCAAAAUUACCAGUUUGUACAAGAUGAGAACUUAUUCCCAACUGGCUGGACGUCCCAAUCAGUUAAUGACAGCUGUAGAGAUUUCCUCCAGAACUCGACAGUCUACAAAGCCUGUCGCAACGUUAUAGAUGUUGACAGCCCUCUGUACAUGGACGUCUGCAUGGAGAAUAUCAGGAUAUCUGGUGACUUAGCCUGGGGAGAGACAGUAAAUUCAGUGCUGGAGGAGGACUGUAUGUAUCAGUUGGAGAAGAACUCCAGUGUGGCAGUCGUAGUGUCAGACGUCAAGGCAGAACUCUGUCCCCAAAACUGUAACAACAACGGGAAAUGUGUUGAUGGUAAAUGUGAAUGCAGUGAAGAUUUCAUUGGCUACAGCUGUAAUGUUAACAAGACUGCCCCUCCCACACUGACCUAUUUAAGGGAUGAAGGGACCUGUAACACACGAGGGACCACCUCCUUGUGUCGAAGGGUGUCCGUGUACGGCGACACUUUUGUAAAAAGUCCAGAGCUCAAGUGCUACGCUGAGGCUGUAAUGUUGUCAUCAAACCCAGAGCAAGGUGGCUACAACAUCACAGGACCACUAGAGGAGAUUGAAUUGGAGUCCCGUUUCGUGAGUUCCACUGAGGUGGUGUGCGGCCCGCCCAGCCAGGACAGGCCCUAUCUGAUCUCUGUCAGCAACGUCAACUCCACCACCCUCAGGUCCAACCCACUCCUGUGGGUGCCGUACGACCCCGCCUGCUACAACUACUCUGCUAAAGACCAGUACUGCUUCAUGAAGGAUAAUGUGUGUAUGAUUGAUGGGACGUGCUACCAGAAUAUGUCAGAAAAUGCAGCAAAUCCAUCACAAGUCUGUGACCCUCUAACGAAUCAGACAGACUGGACCAACAGAACAAGUCUAUGCCCAUUCUCCUCAAUGCAAUGGACAGAAGUGAACUCAACAGCUUUGGCUUUCCACAAUGACAAGACCGUCUCCAAUGUGGCUAACUUGGAGGACUGCCGCAAGGAGUGUGUGGCCGAGAACCAGUUUCGUUGUCAGUCGGUGGAAUACAAUGCUGACACAAAGGAAUGUCAGCUGUCCAAGGAUCAAGUCCGAGAGGCGGAGAGCUACCUGCUACGAGGGGCAUUCAGUGUGUCAUGGACUUACAGUCACUGGUAUUGUACACUGGAUCCCUGCCCAUCCAAGAGAGUUAUGUGGAGCAAGAUGCCUGAGUAUGAGGGGUAUUUUACCCCAGACAGUGAUUUAGACAUUUUGUAUGAUGUUUGGAGAUUUAGUGACUGCCGAGACCAGUGUGAGAGAAGGCCAAUGUGUGGAGCCAUCAAGUUCUCGGAAGAGCGGGGGAUAUGUAUCCUCUCAGACGGAGCCCUGAAGGUGGACAAGACUGCUGGGAUGUACCAGGGGUACCCGGGCUGGGACUAUCACUCCUUUACCUGUGAAGAAGUAAAACAAACUGGACCUGCUGUUAAGUCGGCCCAGGUUCGACCCGUGUUCUCUGGUCCAGGUCAGGAUGAGGUCAUUUGUGGGUUCGACCAUUUGGACGACCAGGAGAGAGAAAUAUUCUACCACGUCCUGUGGAAGGUGAAUGGGGAAUACCUGUAUGAGGACACCAACGAGACGGACCAGAGACUCCCCUCCUCACUGGCCAAUAGUAUCAAAGACGGAACCAGAAUCAGCUGUUCUGUGAGUGCCUGCUAUAAUGAUUCCUGUGAUCACAUCCGAGGCAUGCUGAUUACCUCCCCUGAAUACGUUGCCACAAUUCAGAUCAAUGGCAAAGAUAUCAUUGACCUUCCCGAAGGGGCGAGGCCAGAAAUGUACGACAUCAUACCCACAGCCCCUCCCUAUGUUCUGUGUCGAGACCUCGGGCUGAGUGCCCCAGAAAACUGUACCAUCACACUGAAUGCCAGAACUCCACUGGACAGCAAUGAGCUGAUGUGUCCGGGAGGGAAAGUAAUCAAACAGAUGGCAGUCAGCAUGUAUCUGAAAGAUGACAGCAAGAAAAGGCCUGUCUGUUCCAUGGAGAUCAAUAAUGUCAACUGGAGGAUGGCGCGCUAUGAUAUACAGCUUAAGGCGACGACCGACAACAAGUACGACGGAGACCACCUCAGGGAAAUGCUACUGACCGCCAACUAUCUCGUCAAUUACAACCCAGAGAAAGAAAAUGUCACCCUUAAGACUGUCAGAGCCAAUGUAAUAGACAGGGACAGAAGGGGCCUGUGUAUAUCGGUGAAUGAUCCCCAUAUUACCACAUUUGAUGUCAGAUACUUCAAUAACUUUUUUGAGGGCGAGUUUGUUUUGUAUCGACACAAGACACUCCCUUACGCUGUGCACACGUUUUAUCGGCGGUGUAACGGACGAGCUUCUUGUAACUGUGCCGUUGCUGUCAAAGCGGGAGACGACGUCUUACUGGUGGACAAGUGUGGUCCGACCGAGUCCAGCACAGGAGGAUUUUAUCCAAUUACUGUCGAGCUUUUCAGGAACGGGAUUUUAACCCCAGGUUUCCAGAUCCUCAGUUACUACGAGGGACGCAAAAUCAAGGUCGUCCUUCCCACCGGAACGACUGUCAACAUCAAGAGAAGUGUGAUCCGAGGUCAGAACUUCCUCAACGUCUGGCUCAAGGCGUCCUCCUCAGACUUCAACAGAACAGAGGGACUCUGUGGAACUUAUAAUGACAACAAAGAUGAUGAUCUGACCAUGCCUAAUGGAACAGUUUCCACGGAGACCACUAAAGAGGCCAAUCAGUUCUCCCUCAGCUGGAGAGUGGACCCCAAGGAGACGAUUUACACUGGGGUGUGUCCUUCCGAGAGUGACGUGGAGGAGGCGACCAAUCAGGAAUCCUACUGCUUCUGUGAUCAGUCCAGUGAUUGUAGACCAGGCAAUGAUGUCACUUCCUGUCCAUUUGAGUUUGAUGAUUCUGAGGACAUUACGGGAUCCCUGCUUCAGAAGGCUCUAUUCCCCACUAAAUGUAACAAGGAGCUGGCCUCUGUCACCUUCCAGUCUCCUGACUUUGAGUACACACCCAGUGAUGUCCCCGAGGUGUUUGGCUGGCCCACAAAGAGUGGACUGGCAGAAGUUGUGGUGCGAGCUAUCUGUAGUGCUUUUAUCUCCAAUUCCAAUGCUGCACAGUCCUGUAAAGAUGUACCUGGGGUGGAUGAUGAGGUCGCCAAUGAAAACUGUGUGGAGGACAUUCAGAUCACAGAUGACAGUCGCUGGGGUCUGACCGCGGUGGAGAACAUCAAGGAGAUGUGUGACAUCCACCUGGCCUAUAACAUCAGUCUGUGGACCACACCCACUGGAGGGGUGAACCCCGCCCCUCCCUAUGACAUCAUGUCACAGCUGUGUCUUGCAGAGUGUGGAAGUGCAGGGACUUGUGUUAACAAGUCUUGUAACUGUAAGGCAGAUAGGGCUGGGUUGGAUUGCUUUGUGGAAAAGUUGACCCCUCCUAACUUGUUUUACCUGGGGGGUGGGGGACUGUGUGACUUGAGGACCAGUCCCUGUAAUGUAAUCACUGUGUACAACAACAACACAGAGAACAGCCAACUACUGAGAUGUCAGCUCAACAAGCUACAGCAAAAUGAGACAGGAUUUGUGGUAGACAGCUCCAGUCCUGAGUAUGUGGCGGCCACCUAUGUGACCUUCAACGAGCUGACAUGUGCCCCGCCCACUAUAGGAAGUUACGAGGUGAAGAUUGACAACAACGGGGCAAGUUUAAACAGUGGCAGUAGCGGCCCAGCUUACUUCCUGGUGUAUGAUUCACUGUGCUAUGAUUGCAACAUCAAUACCCUUACAUGUGUACAAAAGACAUCAGCCUGUUUGAUUGAGGAAAGCUGUUACGAACCUGGCGAAUACAAUCCCCAAAAUCCUCGAGAAUUCUGUGAUCCCAAGGUCAACCACACAAUAUGGCAGCAAGCUGAUGAUUCCUGUGAGCUCCUUGAUUUGGAAUGGUUCACAUACCACAUGAAGAAACUGAGUAAGGAUUUCCAAAUCGACUCUGUGGAUCUGAGUGGUAACCAAAGCGGCUGUGACCAAGCUUGUCUGGAUAUGUACACGGAUCCUGUCUGUCACAGCUACGACUACAAUAACUCCACAAACAACUGCACUCUGAUGUCAUCUGAUUACAUCGCCAUGGCAACACCAUUAUCUGAGUCGGCUGAAGAUAUGCAUCGAGAAUGGCAGUGUCAUAAUGAUCCCUGUGGAAAAAGAGGUAUAACUUGGACAAAAACCCCUGGUUAUGCCAUAGACAAGUACGACGACAAGACCAUAAAUAACGUCCUGACCGCCACUAGAUGCAGGCAGCUGUGUCUGUCGGAGAAAUCGUUCCUGUGCCGAUCUGUGGAAUACUUGGCAGGGAUGGGGAAAUGUGUUUUAUCCAAGUCAAAGCGUGGAGAUGUUAUGCCUGCAUACUUCAUCCGCUGGCCAGGAUAUGUUUACCAGGAUUGGUCUUGUAAAACUGGCAAUGACUAUCCCAUUCUCAAAAGAAACCCAGAGAUAAUGCUAGCUCCUCAGGGAGAGAACACCACUUUUGUGUGCAAGUUUCCCCCAGUGAAUCGAACUGAGGACCUCGUAUACGGUGUCCGCUGGCUCAUCAAUGACCGGGUGGUGGAGGAGGUGAUGCUUUACAACCAGACAGACCCAGUAGAGCUGUACCUGAACACGUCUUAUCUUCAUAGCCACAAAUUUGGAACCAAGUUUGCCUGUGGUGUGUCUAUCUGUCUGGCCGGAGCCUGUAACACUUCAUUGGGGGCCUUCAGAAGGAGCGACCAGUUUGAAAUAAAACUUGAGGUGACCCCUGAGAAAUCUUUGACCUUGACGGAGGGUCGGUCAGGUAAGCCAGUGUCUGCCAAGAUGACGGUGCCCCCCUCCUUCCUGUGUCCUCCAGACCUGCCCCAAGAGAAGUGUUCUGUUCUAGUGACAGGAAGAGUGGUCAGUGACCAGACGACCUUGAUGUGUGGGGAGGGGUCAAACAUACAACAGCUGGUGGUGAAAUCCAUAACCAGAUCCAGAAAUGACUCAUGUGGGUUUGAAAUAAGCUAUGCUAACUGGAUGAAUAAUUUCGAGUUGAUGAUAAAGGCUAAGAUUGACAAUCUUUAUGAUGGAGAUGUGAUGCAGAAUGUCAAGUUACUAGGAAUGGUGGUCACCAAUGGAAAAUUGUCAAAAACCUCUGAAUUGCAUUCAUUAGAGAUCACAGUGGAAGAUAUGGAUAAGCCAGCCCUGUGUAGAUCUGUGAAUGGGCCCCAUGUUACAACUUUUGAUGGAAGAUAUUACAACAACUUCAAUGAAGGAGAGUUUGUCAUGUACAAGCACACUUCUUUUCCAUAUGAGGUUCGAACUUUCAACCGCCGCUGUAACAGGCGAGCCAUAUGUACCUGUGCUGUAGCCGUCAAAUCAGGAGACGAUGUCUUUGUGAUCGACAAAUGCGGAAAAGGAGUGAUGAAACCAGACAAGCAGCCAAUCAGAGUUUAUCUGUUUAGAAAUGGAAAUCUCUCUCCCGGCACAAAGUUUUACAGACACGAUGAGGGCAGGAAAUUCAAGGUGAUGCUCCCUGGAGGAACCGCUGUGACUGUCAAAGUCUUGCCCACUGGCCUCAAUGUGUGGCUGAUGGGUUCUAGUGUGGACUACAACAGAACGACAGGACUUUGUGGUACGUUCGAUGGAAAGAAACAGAAUGAUUGGCAGCAGAGGGAUGGCUCCUUGUUUGACAUUCCAGGACUCCGCCCUGACCCGUUCACUCUGUCCUGGAGAGUGUUAACCAACCAGAGUUUACUGUCAGGAUCAUGUGACCAAACAGUUGUCCAUGACCCAGAUUUCUGUGACUGCCCUCAUGGAGGAGAGCCGUCAUGCUCCUCGAUGUCCUCCUACCAGUUGUGUCCUCAAAACAGAAAGCAGCAGAGAAAUGAUCUGACCGAGCUGUUUGUAAGAAGGGCUAUGAAAUCUGAGGACUGUGGGGACGUGAACCGCGAGAUGGCAUAUGAAUAUGAAGAAGGUUACAGAGCCAAGGACUUUGAUUGGCCCACCCUGUCCAAUGUGACCUAUGAGAUGGCCAGGAACCACUGCUUGAGUAUGAUAGAGACGAGCAAGGUGGCCUCAGUGUGUGUCAAUGUCACAGGCAUGGCUGAUGUCUUUGACCUUUGUAUUAUGGAGGUGAAGAUUGAAGACUCAUUUAAUAUGACCAAGACUUUACUGGAAAACCUGAAUGAGAUGUGCGAGAUUGAGCUAGCUCGGAACAUAAGUCUGUGGACCAAUGAGACAGGAAUGCUCGCUCCGGACCGGGCCAUCCUUGGAGAACUCUGCCCCGAGGACUGCAGUAUGCAGGGACAGUGUGUGAAUGGAACCUGUGACUGUGAGCCAGGCUUUGGUGGUGCUGAUUGCUCGGUCAACACAACAGGAGCACCCGAUGUGUGGUUCCUGGAGAAUGCAGGGCUGUGUGAUCUCAGUGACAGGCAGUGCAAUGAGGUGGCAGUGUUUGGAGCCACAUUCAUCCUCUCUGACAAUCUCAAGUGUAAACUCACUCGUGUCAAGAUGUUGAAUGGAGGCUACAAUGCUACAGAAGAUGUAUUUUAUUUCCCUGCCAUCUUGGUGACCUACAACGAGGUCAUUUGUCCCAUUCCAUCCCAGGAGAGUUACUUUGUCUCAGUAACCAAUGACAACAGUACACUGAGUGAGCCAGCCUUGCUUACAGUGUAUGACAAACAAUGCCAUGAGUGCACCAAAUCAGGAAUGUGUCGAUUCAAGGAGCAGAAAUGUUUUAUUGAGAAUGUGUGUUAUGAUAUUGGAGCUUUGAAUCCAUCCAACUCCUCCUUAUUCUGUAACCCCUAUGAGAAUUUUGAGGAGUGGAGCAUCAAAAGAGAUCACCCAUUGGUUCGAGACCAGCCUGAGCUGUCGACACACUACAACCAGAGCUCCGGCGACUUCCUGUUCCUGUGUGAGGGAAAGGUCAGUGCGGAGAAUGCCUCGCAGUCCUUUGUCGUCUGGAGUGUAGAUGGAAAGAGAGUCGAGAUGUCAGCAAUCAAUGCAACAGACGACAGGAAGUUCAUGGCAGAAAUAUCCUACAGAGACCUUGUGAACUUUACUUACGGCUCAAAGGUGGAGUGUGGAAUAGUGGCCUGCUUUAUCAACAACUGUGAGAACACAACAAGCCCUGUUUUGAAUGGCCGACCAAUUACAGCAACUAUUACAGCCGACAAAGAGGAGUUGCGCAUUGUUGAAGGCGGUGAAUCUUCGGAGAUAGAAAUCGAGUCAGACUUUCCUCCCUUCAUCUUCUGCCCAUCUGGAGACUGUGAAAUCAUCGUGCAACCAGAAAUGGAGGGUUCCAAAGAACUGAAAUGUGAGGGCCAAGCGGUACCUCAGGUCUUACUGGUAGGGGAAUCCGAGAAAGGAGAGCUGAAAAUCUCUGGUGAAAACUGGAGGAACAAACUUGUCAUCUCCGUACAGGCCAACAUGGACAUGCUGAAAGAUGGCGACCAAGACAGGGAGGUGAUGCUGGUGUCACGUGUCAGGGACAGGAACCAGACAAGUCAGCAGAUGGAGACCAGUCAACGCACUGUAGUUACCAGGAAGAAAGUCAAGGUGAUGGACCGCCAUGAGUCUCACCUGUGCAGCUCCAUCAACGAUCCUCACAUGAGAACCCUGGAUGGAAGAAAAUACAACAAUUUCUUUGAAGGGGAAUUUGUACUUUACCGACACACAACAAUGCCAUAUGAGGUGCGAACUUUCUACAAAAAUUGCAAUGGAAAAGCCUCCUGUAAUUGCGCUGUCGCUGUCAAGGUGGAAGAUGAUGUCAUCGUGAUUGACAGGUGCAGUGAGGUCAAAAGCCGUAAAGUGACCGCCAAGCCAAUCCAGAUCAGGAGUUAUAUUAAUGGGGAUGUAACUCCGGGACUAAGGGUGUACCGCACAGGGGCAGAAUACAGGAUUUACAUGCCCUCAGGAACUUACGUGGUAGUGAAAGAUGGAAAAAGGAGAACCAGUCAAUUCCUGAAUGUCUGGCUCCACGCCUCUCCCAUGGACUUCAACCGCACAGAGGGACUGUGCGGAACACUCAACAACAAUAUGGAAGAUGAUCUGAUGAAGCCGGAUGGAACCAUUGUGGAGACCAAACAGAACCGUCCCAAGGCCUUUUCCAUCAGCUGGAGAGUGGACCCUGAUGAAACUCUAUUCAAUGGCUUCUGCCCAGAUGUGAUGGUCAACUCGAAUCCAAGGGAACAGUUCUACUGUGACCCAAUACACAACCUGACCUGCUCGAAACUGGCCACAGAUUUUGGAUGUCAGCAAACCAAAUUAAGGGGCAAGGAUAUUACAGAUGAAGUGUUGAAAAAUGCAGUUGCUCCCAAAAAAUGUAUCACCAUACAGCCCCAGAUUGCUUUUGAAUAUGAUGUAAAUUACACCACACCGGAAAUAUCCUGGCCUCAGAAUGGCUUGAAUGCCACCACAGCCUACCAGCAUUGUCUGGACUUUGUCUUGAAAACCAAAAUCGGUGCCUCCUGUAACAGCAAGACGGGUGUGUCUGCCGCCAUCGGGUUUGAUCUGUCCAUAGAGUCCUGUGUGGAAGACAUCGGGCUAACUGGAGACACUAGUUGGGAAAUUGAAGCUCUGGAAAGCAUCAAGCUGAAAUGUAUAACAGAGGUGGUUACCAAUGUGGAGAUGUGGGUGACUAUAGGAGGGGUCCCUGCCCCACAGGAAGAUGUGGUGGACAAUUUCUGUCUGAACGAGUGUAGUGGAAAAGGGGACUGUAUCAAAGGUCAGUGUCAGUGUAACCCAGGCUUUGGAGACAUAGACUGUUCAAUAGACAUCACUAUCCCACCCACAAUUUCCGGGGUCGUUGGGGGUCAGCUCUGUGACGUCAGGGAGAGUGAGGAUGGGGAGGAAUGUAAGAGAAUCGUUCUGUUUGGAGAAAACUUCCAGAGUAAUGACUCCCUAGCCUGUCAUUACUUCAAUGGGCCUGCAAAGUCGGCAACUUACAUCAACUCUGAGUCGGUGAUAUGUCAGAUCGAGUCUCCCCGGACAGCCAACAUCACUGUCAGUUAUGGUGGCGAGCGACAGAGUAACAUCAUCCGUUACGUCGUUUACGACUCCUUCUGUGACCAGUGUGAUGAAGACACGCUCCUCUGUGUGGAAAGGACUGAUACCUGUAAUAUUGGAGGGCAGUGUGUGUCAGCAGGGGCUGUAUUUGACCAAGACAAUCGGUACUCAUGUCAGCCAGACGUCAACAGAACAGUGUGGACCAGGAUUGAAACCUCUGUGAUCACUGCCACCAGAUUGACCUACAUCUCCAUUGUUGGCAAUGUCUUGAUCACCUCUCUUGGGAAUUUCUCUCUGGGAGGAGCACCAGGAUUGGUCGAUGGCUGGAAGGGUGGGCUGGCCCUCAAAUUUGACGGACAGUCAUACAUUGAGGAUGGCGACCAGAACAGUUGUCUCCAGAAGCCAGAGCUCUGCCUGAAUCUGGGAUUCUCCUUCAAGUUCUCACUCAGAAUUUCGACCAUGAUUGACAACUCUUAUAUUUUCUCGUCAGGCGGAGACUUGUCGGACAGUAGAGGCGUGUCUCUGUACAUUAGGAAAGGUCGCAUGUACCUGACCUUGAGCACACAGGACUUUGAGUGGACCGUAGUGACUGUUUUUAGAAGAGUCGGGGUUUAUUUCGAUUUCGAGUUCUCCUGGGGACUGAACUACGGUCUGGAGUGCUUCAUGGAUGGCGUCAGUGUGGGCAGGGCCCGGGCACCAAUAAAGAGGACUAUUAAGGGAACCAAGUCAUAUGGAUUCAGAAUUGGUGGGCCAAUUCCAGGGGGAAAACGCGUGGCCUCUAAAUGUGAAGUGGGAUCCACAACACUUGUGAAGGCAGAGACAAGAAUUGUAACAGCAGUAGGAUUUGUCAUUGACAUUCCCGAGCUUGCGGAAGGCCCCAGGCUGACAGCGUCGUACAAGGAGAAUGACACCGAGGCACAGUUCCUGUGCAAGUUUGAGCGACUGCCUCGCGGGGAUGUUGUUUACAGAGUCCAGUUCUUUGUGGAUGACAAAGAGAUCAAAACCUUUAAAGAUGUGAAGGGAACAGAAGAGAAUUACGUGAUGUCAGAGUCAGAGUAUGGCGAUGGUGGAUAUGGCGUCAAGACAUAUUGUACAGUGACACCUUGCUACUCCUACAGCUGUCCAACUACAGAAGGUCCCUCACGUAAAAGUAACAUCAUCACGGCGGAGGUCCAGGUUCUAACAAGGGAUAUAACUGUGGUAGAAGGAGGGUUACCAGGAGAAGUCAACCUUAAACUGACAGUGCCACCUAGGUUGUUGUGUCGACCUGAGGACAGGGCCAAUAACUCCUGCUAUGUCAAAGUCAGCUCUUAUUUCUCUGAAAAGGAACAGCUUUGUCCCAAUUCCAACAGACUGAAUCAAGCUGUCAUUGGCUACAGUGUCUCUAAUGAAAUGCCUACUCCAUUUUGUGGUAACAUCAUUACUAUGCAGACCUGGGAACGCCCCACUGUGAUCCCUGUCUUUGCCUCCAUUGACCUUCUGUAUGACAAGGACAAAACUAGGUCAUUGACAUUGAGGUCAGAGGUCAUGUGUCAAGGAACUGUCAACUACAACACUACAACAACCACUGUCAAGGUCAAAGUUGAGGAUGGAGACAAGAGUGCUGUGUGUAAAUCUAUCAAUGACCCACACAUGACCUCAUUUGACAGUUGGUACUAUAACAACUUUUUGGAGGGAGAGUUUAUCCUGUACAGACACAAAAUCCUCCCCUAUGAAGUGCGAACGUUUUAUCGUAAAUGUAACAGGGGAAAAGCCACAUGUAAUUGUGCAGUGGCGGUGAGAUCUGGAGAUGAUGUCAUCGUAAUUGACCGGUGUGGAGCUAGCUCCUCAACCAGCAAAUACAAGGCCUUGAAGAUGACACUGUACCUCAACGGCCAGCUAACCAAGGGCACCAGAGUCAUAGCUUAUGGUGGAGGCAAGAAAUAUGAAGUUCACUUACCUCAUGGUGCUGUGGUGACAAUUGCCAAUGGUAAAGGAAAGAGGCCACAGUUCAUCAACAUCUGGCUCAAGGCUUCACCAGCUGACUAUCAACAGACCGAAGGUCUGUGUGGUUUGUGGGAUGGAGACAAAGGUAACGACAAGACCAUGAGAGACGGGACUCUGUUUACAGGGAAGAUGGGCAAGUCUAAACAACCAGUGGAGUACUCGCGCAGCUGGAGAAUUGAUGAGACAGUGGAAGACUCCCUGUACACAGGAUUCUGCCCCGAGGACCUGGAGUCGGAGGCAGAGUUUACAUACUGCACAUGUAACACUAACACACCAGAUACUUGCUCUGAUGAGGCCAUCAUACAGAACUGUGCUCCAGCCCUCAAAACCAAGCGAGGCAAAAAGAGGGGCAAGGACAUUACAGCAGAGCUGUUAGCUAAUAAUGUGGUGGAGCCGACUAAAUGUUUCCUCCAGGAGCCCCAGGUGUUGUUCCAGUACAACGCCUCCCACACCGCCCCCGAAGUAGGCUGGCCCACACCCAAUGGAAUCACCCUGGAACAGGCCACGGAAUACUGUCGGAACUUCGUGAUCCAGUCCACCUCUGGAAGUCUGUGUAAAAAUGUAAACAAUGUACAGCUGGAUACAUCCCUUGAGAACUGUGUGGAGGACAUACAGCUGACUGAUGAGAGAGACUGGGCAAUUGAGACACUACAGAAUGUGAACCAGCAGUGUCAGAUUGAGAUUGUCUACAACAUCACCAUCUGGGUGACCAUCGGGGGAGAGCUGGUCCCCCCAGAGGACUUGUUUGGAGCCAUUUGUCCAGCUGAUUGCAGCGGAAAUGGGAAAUGCAACGAUGGGGCCUGUGACUGUGAUGCAGGGUAUACUGGAGACGACUGCUCAGUAGCAGAGACCGACCCCCCGGAGCUGGACAGCAUUGAGGGAGGGGCUCUGAUUGACAUCAGUGUGGGCGUGGUCAGACAACUAGUGGUGUACGGAGCAGAUUUCGUGGACUCGGACAAACUGACCUGCCACUACUUCCUGUCCAAUGGAACAGAGUUGAAGUUGAGGGCUGUCUAUGUGAACAAAGACAGCAUACUCUGUCCUUGGGCCGGGGUCAGUGGUCGAUAUGAACUCAGGGUCAGUAAUGAUGGGGUCAAGGUCAGUGGACGGAUACAGAUGGUGGUCUACAACUCCCUGUGUGAAGUCUGCACCUUGGCAACCUGCUCCCCCAGGCAAGACGUUUGUGUCAUCAAUGGCCGCUGCUACCAAGAUGGUUACGUCAACCCUAGUGACAACAAACAAGUCUGUUACACUGCCAAAUCAACCAGAGGCUGGAUUGUGCUCACAAGAACUGAAGUAACAGUCAGAAGGUUUGGUUUCCUGAGACUUGUUGGAAACAUCCUGUACACUGCAACUGCAAACCUCCAAUUCACCCUGUUUGGAACGCCCAGUUUCGUGUCGGGCCCAACAGGCGCUAAGGCCCUUCUGCUGAAUGGAAAUGACCAGUUUGUGGAUAUGGGAGACCAGACAGCACAGUGUAUCGGAAACCUGGACAACUGUAAAUUAGGACUCACUGUCAAGUUCAAUCUCAAGGUCAUCAAAUUCUCCAAGAAAAUGUACAUCUUCUCCAACGGUGGCGACGACCGUAAUUCUUACGGAAUGGCCAUGUGGUACGAAAGGAAGAGACUAUUCCUGUCCAUUAGCACUUCCUCUCAAAUCUGGACUGUGAAAACCAAAUUCACCAGGUUGAACCAGUUUACAUCCAUCCGGUUCAGCUGGAGUGUCCAGCUGGGAAUCCGGUUGUACUUUGAUGGUGUACAGGUGGCAAAAAGAGAGAAAUAUUACAAACGGAAGGUGAAGAACCUGUUCAAGAAGUUCUACCUGGGAUGUUCAAUCAAGAGGGACUACUUCUCUAACAUUGUCAUCGAGGGCUGGGAUGUGGCGGAGGCAGUGACUGAUGUUGUGAAGGAACUUGAUGUCAAGUUUGAACCCCCAGAGUUCAAGGAUGCCCCAGCUUUGAAGAUCAAUGUAGAUCGAGUGACCCAGGAGGUGACCUUUGUGUGCGAGUUCACCCCCCUGGACACCCCCGACCUUCAGUACACCGUACAGUGGUUCCUCAAUGACAAACAGCUCAAGGAGGAAACACUCACCAACACCACUGAGAGCUCGCUCAAUGAAACUUACAUCACUCAGCUGUUCUACCAAGAUAAGAUCAAAUGCAGUGUAUCAGCCUGUGAGCAAGGGAACUGUGAAAAUACUCGGGGUCCAUGGAGAGACAGUGCCGUGUUGACAGCCCAACUCCAGCUGAGUGAGAGUAAGAUAACGACGUAUGAAGGAGCAGCUCCAACAAACAUUAAAGUGACCUGUACUCUUCCCCCAAGACUCUUCUGUGAGAAAGAUGACCGAGAUAAAUACUGUGAGAUAGGCAUCACAACUGAGCUUGUCAAAGAAAAGGAAACCAAAUGCCCUAGUUCCGGCGAGGAGAUUACACAGCUGGUGUUUGGUGUGUAUAAAUCAGACAGCUACAAGAAAGCCUGCUCCCACCUCAUCACCAUGGAAACCUGGCACUCGGGUCUCAUGCUCCCGGUCAAGGCCACCAUUGACGGCCUCAAGGACAAGGAUAAGAAGCGAGACGUCCGUGUUUUUGUCACCAUGGCCGUCCAGUCGGUCGUGUUCUUCACCCAGAAGAUCAGCACGGUCGAGGUGACAGUGAAGGACAGAGACAAGACUAAGACAUGUUCCUCUAUCAACGACCCUCACAUGACCACCUUUGAUGGAAAGUACUACAACAACUUUUUGGAAGGGGAGUUCAUUCUGUACAGACACAAGACCAUGCCUUACGAGAUUCGAGUCUUCUACAGAAGUUGCAAUGGUAAGGCCUCCUGUAACUGCGCCGUGGCGGUGCGCUCUGGAGACGAUGUCAUCGUCAUUGACCGGUGCGGACCAACCAUGGGCAAGUCCAAGAAGAAGACGCCGAUGAGGCUGAGGAUGUUCCUGAAUGGAGAGCUGACUGAGGGUACAGAGGUGUUUAGACAGUCCGGCGGCAAGAAAUACACAAUUGUCCUGCCUACUGGAGCUGUUGUGAUGGUGAUGAAUGGAAGAAAGAGAACUAGUCAAUUCAUUAAUGUCAAAUUCAAGGCAUCUGCAGCAGACUAUGGCAACACUGAGGGUCUGUGUGGCACAUUUGAUGAUGACAAGACCAAUGAUUUAAUGAAGAGAGAUGGGACUUUGUACGGAGGACGUGAAAAGCAACCCUCAGAGUUCUCCAAAACAUGGAGAGUUACUAAGGAGGAGAGUCUGUACCGUGGCUACUGUCCGGGGGGAGACACGCGGGAGGCGGCAGAGGUCUACUGUAACUGUAUGGAGGGCGAGGUCGCAGCGUGUCAGGAGGGGCUGGACUUCAUGGCUUGCGAGGAGAUCGAGAAGAGGAAGGGAAAGUCCAAGUACAAGAAAGGCAUGAAGAACCUGACCCAGAAGUUAAUCAGAGAGGCGCAGUCACCCCCAACUAGAUGUGUGUCCACUCAACCCCCAGAGGUGUUUGAAUAUGACCCAGCAUACAAACAAAAGGAGCUGACUUGGCCAACACCUAAUGGAAUCACAAAGGACCAGGCCAUCAAUAUCUGUCGCAGCUUCAUGGAGGCCAAGGGGUCUGGGAAGAAAUGUCUCAGUGUGCCGGGAAUGGACUUUGAGCCGAUUCUGGAGGGAUGUCUGGAGGAUAUCCAGUUGACAGACGACAUAACUUGGACCAAUGAAGGGCUGGACAACCUCCAGGAGCAGUGUCUGGUGAUCAUUGAGGUGGACGUCACCCUGUGGAUCACCGUAGAGGGAGGGGCCGUGGCACCACCCCCCGAAAUCACCGGCGCCAUCUGUCCCAACAACUGUCAUGACAACGGAACAUGUGUAGAAGGUGUUUGUGUCUGUGAUCAUCCAUGGAUUGGAGACGACUGCUCCAUCAACAUCAACGCUGCUCCAGAACUGGAGGUUGUCGGAACUGGAAAGCCAUGUGACCUGAACCGCUAUGCCUGUAACUCUGUCAACUUGUAUGGAGAUGACUUUGCUGAAGUGGAGAAUCUGACUUGUCAUUACAGAACCCUAGCAGCUAACCUGACAGUGUCCUCAGAGGUGACGACCUCCAAGGCCGAGUACGUGAAUUCUGAGACGGUGGUCUGCACCUUCCCAGGGGAGGGACUGUACCAAGUCGCUGUUAGCAACAACGGACAGACCACCAGUUUAUACCAAGUCUACAUCAUCUAUAACAGUUACUGCUACAGUUGCAGUGAGACGGGCUGCACCAGGAGGACUGAUAUUUGUGUGAUUGAUGGGAUCUGCUAUGAGAAAGGCUUUGUUAACCCAGCUCAGAAGAACCUGGCAUGUCGUCCUGACUACAGCACUGAUUCCUGGACCGCACUCAGAGUGGAUGUAAUAUACGAAUACAGACUGUUCUUUUUGAGAAUCGAGGGGCCUCACUUAGUGACGGAGGCAGGAAAAUUUUCUCAAUAUGGUGGAUUGCAGUUAAGAACAAACAGAAACAACAAGAAAUCCCUGUUGUUUGAUGGUGCCACCCAGUACUUAGCUUCAGCGCAUCAUGAGGGUACCUGUCUGUUUGAUCCAGAUUUUUGUUACCUUGGGAUAACAUUCUCGUUUACUGUGCGGUUCAUUCACCUUGGGGACCAGGACAUGUUCAUCUACUCCAGCUGUGGCUCUAAUCCCAAGAGCGUGGGAUUUGAUCUCCGAUACGUUAACAAACGUUUCAUUUUUACCGCCAGCACACGCAGCAAGGAGUGGAGCAUCGAGUUUAAUGACGUCAAGACCGAUGUUUUCUAUGCCUAUCAAUUCUCCUGGAGUGUACAGUAUGGUCUGGUGUUUUAUAUCGAUGGAGUUGAAGUGGCUCGCAACACAGAAUACACGACAAGAGACGUAUCAUUGCCGGAAAAAUGCCACAUGUAUAUAGGAACAAAUCAGGACCGAUCCCAAUACGCUCGGAUGGAACUGGAGUACCUCCACAUACUGUUAGCCUCCAAGGAUAUCCUCCUUCAGCUUGGCUAUGUUAUUGGAUUUCCGGAACUUGCGCACUCACCAACACUCAAGAUUUCAACAGAUUCAAACGAGCGAGCUCAUUUCCAGUGUGAGUUCACUCAGCUUGCUGCAGAUGUGAAUUACAUUGUGGAAUUCUACGUCAAUGGCAAAAUGGUGGCCAAUGUGUCUAAUACCUCCAGCCCGGUGACGGUGGAGGACACUGACAUCGGAGACCUCACUUAUGGAAGCUCAGUAUAUUGUGAAGUGAGUGCCUGCUACAGGACAAGUUGUACUGAUUCAAGAGGACCAGCUAAACGAAGCAGCAUCAACAGAAUGAUCAUGGAGUUUGAAGAAGACAAAAUGGUGAUCUAUGAAGGAACAAAGCCAGACAAACCUCUCCGUGGUCGCCUCCUAGUUCCUCCGAGAUUGUUCUGUCCAGCUGCAAGUCGGGAUUCCUGUCGCCUGUCUGUGAUUUCCUCGUUGAAGACCGCGUCCCGGGAGACCAAGUGUCUGGACGGAAGCACCAUGCAGCAGCUGGUGUUCCGAUCUCCAGACACCAACAACUCCAUGUGCUCCUACCCAGUCCAGUGGGGUCGGGACAUUGAGAUUGAAAUCGAGGCCACGGUGGACCAGAUUAAGGAUGGGAAAAAGACGCGCACCAUACAAGUCCAGCUGAUGGUACAGGUGGGACAACGGGCGACACUGUUUGACGUGGCCAGAAUACCUGUAGAGGUGCGUGAUGCCAAGUCCGUGGGCAGGUGUAAAUCCAUCAACGAUCCCCACAUCACUACUUUCGACAAAAGGAAAUAUGACAACUUUUAUGAGGGAGAGUUCGUGCUGUAUAGACACAAGACUUUACCUUAUGCUGUCCACACAUUCUACAGAUCCUGUAACAAGAAAGCUUCCUGUAACUGCGCCGUGGCGGUGAGGUCAGGAGAUGAUGUCAUUGUUCUGGAUGUCUGCGGCAAAACCAGACGCUCAGGCAAGAAGCGCCGCCCCCUGACAAAGAAGUUGUUCCUGAAUGGAGAGCUGACCCCGGGGACCUCAGUGUACCAACACAACAAGGGCAAGAAAUACGAGAUCAACCUGCCAACAGGGGGACAAAUAAUCGUGAAGCCUCAGGGUCAGUUUAUCAAUGUCAUGAUGAAGGGCUCACCUCUCGACAUCCAAAACGUGGAGGGUCUGUGUGGAAACUUUGACGGUGACAAAGACAAUGAUUUGGUGACAAAGGCCGGAAAAGAGGUGAACACGAAACAGCCUGAUGAGUUCUCAGCGGAAUGGAGAGUGGCAGCAGAGGACAGUCUGUACUCUGGAUAUUGUGGGGCAUCAGUAGUGGAGGCCAACCAGCCCCGUGGAUCAGAGUACUGUGAGUGCGGGGCAGAGCUGACCCCCCAGUGUCGGGCAAGCCCAGUCAGUGACUGUGGCAGCUUCUCCAAGGCUAAGAGCAAGAAGAAGGGCAAGAGCAAAAAAUUGGUGGACAUCACACAGGAACUGAUCGAUGAGUCUCAGCAGAUGAUCUGUGAAUCCACCAUCACACGAAUCACCUUCGAAUUCGACAUCACUUAUGUCUUCAUCGGUGCUACAUUCCCCACCCCAACAGGAAUCACCCAGGAGAUGGCCAGAAACAACUGUACCAGUUUCAUUUCCCUGUCUGCUGCUGGUAAUGCCUGUCAAGCCAUCGUCGAGGUAGAUGUACAGGGGACCCUGGAAAGUUGCAUUGAUGACAUUAUGAUAACGGACAGCAUGGACUGGCUGACCACAGCUUUGGAAGCCCUGCAGGAGCAGUGUCUGUCUGUCAUUGAGACAGAUGUGACCUUGUGGAAGGUCGAUGAGGGUGGUGUCCCUGAACUCCCAGAGGUCAUAGAGGUCAUCUGUCCCGGUGACUGCAACAAACAAGGCCAAUGUAUCAAUGGUUCCUGUGUGUGUGACACUGGUUUUGACGGUGAGGACUGUUCUGUGUCUGUGCGGGCUCCCCCCGAGGUGGAGGGGGUGGUGGACGCCCUCUGUGAUGUCACUCAGGGACCCUGCCUGUUCUUUUUUGUGCAGGGCUUCGGCUUCCUAGACCACUCCUCACUGACCUGUCACUAUACCCUGGCCGAAAACAAUUCGAUGGUGAACACCACAGCUGUGUUUAGAAGUGAAGAGGAAGUGAGGUGUCCGGCGUACCGUGGUAAUCUGGCGAUCAGUAACGAUGGCGCCACUGUCAGCGUGGCAGUCAGAGUCGUGGUGUAUGACUCGCUGUGUGAAGUUUGUGACAACACGAAAUGUACCCUCAGGAAUGAUGUAUGUAAGAUUAACAACAAAUGUUAUGCAGAUGGAUUUAUUAAUCCAGCGGAUGCCAACCAGAUUUGUGAUGUCAAUUCCAUUAAAACACAGUGGUCCACACUUAAUGUCCAGAACAUCGUCAUAAAGAACUACCUCUUCCUCAAAAUUGUGGGCCGUAUCCUGAUCACAAAGACAUUCAAUAUUACCAUUGGGGGAACAGGAACACCCAUACUGAUCCCGGGAUUCUCCGGUGGAAAUGCCGUCUCCUUGGACGGAAAUCAGUUUCUGUCGUACGGCGAUUUGACAGACUCUUGUUUCGGAGAUGUAGAGAGAUGUGGAAAGGGAGUCACCAUACGCUUCAAUCUGAAGCUCAAGAAACAUAGCUCCAAGUGCUACGUUUUCAGUAAUGGAGGAGAGGAGGCGACAAAUUACGGAUACGCCAUGUGGUUUGAGAACAGUAAACUCUACACAAGAACCAGCAACAAAAAGUCCGAGUGGACCAUCUCCGCCUCAUCCAUCAAGGUGGAGGAGUUCAUGCAAGUGGAAAUGUCAUGGAGUCUCCAGAGUGGAUUACAGCUGAGCAUCGACAAAAGUGUCAGAGCAUCCAGCAAGAAGUAUAUCAGUCGUCCUACGAGCACGUACACUGCUGUAAAAGACUUUGUGAUUGGUGGAUCCUCCAAGAAGGACAAGAAUUGUGGAAUGGCCAUUGAUUCCUUCACUAUUGUGUUUGCCUCCAGUGAAAUCAUCAACCGAGUAGGAAUCAAGACAGAGUUACCAUCCUUUGAGAAGGCCCCGACCUUGAGCCGUAGAGUGGACAGUGGGCGUGUGUCCCUCCUGUGUACCUAUGAUUCCAUGUCACCCUCCCAUUCUUACUUUGUCUCCUGGUACGAGGACAACAGACUUCUAAAGACAGCCAGCAAUGGAAAUGAUACUCAAGCUGUUCUCACGGAACAGGAACUUGGAGUUCUGGAGUUUGGUGCCAAGCUGUAUUGUGGUGUGUCCGCCUGUCUGACUGACAACUGUGACAACACCAAGGGACCGGAGAAACGCAGUAACAGUAUCAACACCGCCAUCAAGAUUUUGUCCAGUAAGGUGACAGUUUUCGAGGGUGGCGACACGGAGUGCAUGACCCUUGAGACCCCCUUCCCCCCGCGGCUGUUCUGUAAUGCCACAGACAAUACCACCACCUGCGGCAUUCAUGUGGCGUAUGGGUUCCGCUCUCACAGACAGACAAAAUGUGCCACCGGACGAUACAUCCCCCAGGCAGUCUUCAGACAGAGCAGCAGUGAGAACACGGCGCCAUCUUGUGGUCUGACCCUGACAGACAGCAUGUGGACCAAGCCAGCGUGCGUCAACGUUUAUGGCGUUCCCGAGGGUCUGAAGGACAAGAACAAGAACAUGGACGUCCAGCUUGACGUGACCGUGGUGACAGGGGGCGUGUCCUCUCCAGUCCUGGUCACCUACACGGUGAAGGUGGAGGUCAUUGACAAGGACAAAUCGUCCAUGUGUCAGUCUGUGGGAGAUCCACACAUAACUACAUUUGAUCGCAGAACAUAUGAUGUAUUCCAAGAAGGAGAAUUCAUCUUGUACAGACACAAAACACUUCCUUAUGAGAUUCGCUCGUUUUUCCGAUCCUGCAACAAACGGGCAGCCUGUAACUGCGCCGUGGCAGCCAAGAUUGGAGAUGAUGUCAUCGUCUUUGACAGAUGUGGAGCCAGUAAGAAGAAGGCCAAGAAGCAGCCCUUGGUUCCCAAGCUCUUCCUGAAUGGGGAGCUGACCCCAGGCACUGCUGUCACUAGUUUCAACAAUGGAAGGAAAUACAAGAUUGUGUUCCCGAGCGGUGGAGAACUGACCGUGGCCGUGAACGGAAACAGGAAGGAGUUCCUCAACAUCUGGUACCGCGCUGCCGCCGAUGAUUACCUCAACUCGGAAGGUUUGUGUGGCCAUUAUGACGGAGAUAAUAGCAAUGACCUCAUGUUCCCCAGCGGCAGACUGUACUCGGGGAAAGAACGCAGACCCAAAGACUUCUCCAAAAGCUGGAGGAUUGAUGAGAUGGGAAUCGAUACCAUAUACUCCGGCAUCUGCACUGAUGAAGUCACAGGAGUUAUUCCCCCUGUCCCCAUUUUCUGUGACUGUAAUGUGGGAUCCACCUCAGUGUGUGGAGCGGAUCUAGACAUUUCCACCUGUGCCAAGCCAGGCAAAAAAGGAAAGAAAAGCAAGAAGGGGCUGGUUGGAGAGGAAGUGACGGAGCUGAUGAUACAACAGGCCACCUCCCCUCCCGCCCACUGUCUGUCCCGGGCCGCACUCAUCUUGUUCGAGUACAACGCCACCUACAUUUCACAGGACUUCACAUGGCCGACACCCAAAAACAUCACGGAGGUUCAAGCCUUCCAGAAGUGUAAGACAACAGUGGAGGCCAGCGUAGCCUUCCAGGGCUGUAAGGACGUCCCUGACAUAGGGUUCUCUGUCUCACUGGACUCGUGUGUUAUCGACAUUCAGAUAAUGGAUGAUUUGGUUUGGGCAGAAGAAGCGUUGACUGCCAUUAUUCAGCGAUGUCAGACACAGCUGGAGAUAAACACGGAACUGUGGGUCAAUGUCUCGGGAGAAAUAACCCCCAACCCCACCAUCAUCAACAAUCUGUGCCCCAACGAGUGCAGCGGUCAGGGAACAUGCAAAGACAGUGAGUGUACUUGCAAUGCUGGUUACUUUGGAGACGACUGCUCUGUCGCCUUGACACGUCCCCCAGUCAUCGAAGACAUCCCAGACUUCCUGUGUGACCUACUGAGGUCAGACUGUAAGACCGUUAUCAUGAAUGGAGACGGCUUCCUGCAGAUAGGGACCCUUACCUGUAGAGUCCAAAAACUGAAAACACAGGGAGUAAAGUUUGUGACAGACGGUGCCUCCCUGACAGUGAAUGCCAGUUUCGUCAGCAGGGAGCAAGUCAUCUGUCAGCUGCCAGACAGCGGAAUCUACAACGUCAGUGUCAGUAAUGACGGCAACAACUUUGGGACAGAGUUGACCUUCAUUGGAUAUGACUCAGCUUGCUACAUUUGUGAUCAGUCUGGAUGCUCCCAAAGAACAGAUGUCUGUGUGAUUGGGGGCACCUGUUAUGGGCGGGGCUUCAGGAACCUGGGGAAUCCCCUGGAGGUCUGCUCCCCCAACAGGACUGCUACCAGCUGGACAAUGCUCACUUAUGACCUAGUGAUCCAGAUCUCUUACACCUUCAUCAGCAUUGUCGGCAACAUCCUGGUCACACCGUCCAGAAACUUGACCGUGGUGGGAACCCCUACACUGGUGGCUGGUCCCAGCGGUCAGGCCCUGCAGCUGAACGGAGCCGGUCAGUACAUAGACCUCUCCAGCAAUGACAAUGGCUGCCUGGGCAAUCCCGGUCAGUGUGAGCUCGGCCUGUCUGUGACCUUUAAUGUCAAAUUUAUGACCUUAACCGAGAACAUGUACAUUUUCUCUAAUGGUGGGGAUGAGCCGGAUGGAUUCGGCACGGCCAUGUAUUACCGUAGAAACCGCCUGUUCCUGACCGUCAGUACCAAGACCAAGGAGUGGACCGUGGAAACGACCUUGAUCAAGGUCAAUGUGUUUUUCAAGGUUGAUUUCUCUUGGAGUGAGCAGACUGGUCUUGUGCUGUACUUGGACAAUAAAGAAGUGGCGUCUACAAAGACCUUUGUCACUAAGACAGUGACCGUCACAGUUAUGACCAAGUUUUACAUCGGUCUGUCAAUCACUACAAACAUCUAUGCAAACAUUGUGAUCGACGGGUGGGAGGUGACGGAAGCCACGAAAGAGACUCGAGACCUAAUCCUGGUGGAAAGCACCACUCAGGCUGAGACAACCACAGAGUCAACCACUGAGAUGUCUACCACAGAGUCAACCACUGAAAUGUCUACCACAGAAUCAACCACAGAAAUGGAGACCAGUACCCUUACACCUACAGCCACAAGCACAACUGAAUCCCCAACAACAACAACAAUGGAAAUGACAACAACAGCUACCCAGGGUUCCACAACACCUUGUGAUAUAGCUCCAGUCUCCACAGCCCCUACUUUGGACCACACUGUAUCUACGGAUUAUCAGAAGGUGACCUUUGAUUGCUCAGUCUCGCUGACAGCAACAGGAAGUGGUGCUCAGUAUGCCAUCUGGUGGUAUGUCGGGGAGACAGUCAUUAAGAGACAGGAUCUGCUAGCAGGAACCAGUCUAGGCCAGUUAGAGUCCACUGAAAUGACUGACACAGCUAAUGCCCUUACUACAGGGGUGAGCUGUGGAGUGGUGGUGUCUUACCCCAGCACCUGUGGUAGUGUGGUCAGUCCUGUGACAAGGAGCAGUGUACUCAAGUAUCAAGUAACGAUAAAUGAGGCCUCAUACAUCAAGAUUGUAGAAGGAGAGUCAGCUUAUCCCAUUCAGGUCGACCUCAGCACAUCCGCUCAGUAUUACUGCUCCAUGAAAUACAAAGCAAACUGCGAAAUCCGGUUCAAUGGGAAAAUAGUCAAACCACAGAAUCCCAAGAGAUGUCCCGAGGGUGGAGAAAUUCCCAAUGUGGUGGUCAGGUCCUCGCUGACCAGUGCCGCCACCCCCGCUGAAGCCACCUGUGGUACAGUGGUGCAAGGAGGCACUGGAACAUCCCAGAUCUUUGUGAAGGCCAUGAUUGACAGGAUGAAGUUUGGCAACAAGAACAGCACACUGAACAUCGGGCAGGAGGACAAAGUGGGUCAAGAGGUCAAGGCCGAAGUCCCGCUGAAGAAAAUCGAGAUUGAAGUUGUUGAGAUGGACUCAUUAGAUCUUCACCACUGUCAGUCAAUUAAUGACCCACACAUCAGGACCUUUGAUGGAGUUUACUUUGACAACUUCCAACCUGGAGAGUAUGUGCUGUACAAAAACAAGGACUAUGAAGUAGAGGUUCGAGCUGCAAUGGUUCGUUGCUCUAGAGGCACUUGUAACUGUGGCGUCUUGGUCAGGUCUGGAGAUGAUGUCAUCAGGAUCGACAAAUGCAAGUGGGUCAACAAGACCUCCGCAGCUUAUCCAAUCAAUGACGAGCUCUUCACUGUCGGAGAUCUGACACCAAGGACCCAGAUCUUCCAGGAGAAGGACGGAAAACAAUUCCAGGUCAUGCUACCGACAGGAACUAAAGUGACAGUGAAAGACUCGUACCAGGCUUUCAUCAACAUCUUCAUCUACCCAUCAGCUGCAGACUACAACAAAACAGAAGGUCUAUGUGGUACUUAUGAUGGUAACCAGGACAACGACCUUUUAGAUCCUAAUGGGGUCGCCACUAAAGUUCCAGAGCCAGGCAAGCGUCCAGAUAGCUACAGCGUCAAGUGGAGAGUUGAUCAAUCUAACUCCAUAUUCCGCGGCUACAGACAAACUGUUUCCAUGGAGUCCCCAGUGUAUUGCUCGUGCUACACUGAUGGCACAAAGUCAUGUGACUUCUUUGGAGAUGUCAGCACUUGUGGUGUAACAAACAAAGGUGUGGAUUUGAAACCUGACCUCCUGACCCCACAGCCUGGCCUUUUGACCCCCUCAGCUGUUGGUCGACGUAAGAAGAGGCAGACGGCAACAGACACUGUGACCUAUGACCUCAACUACAAUGCUCCAGCACCUGACGCUCCAUGGCCCAGCACCCUGAAUUUGACGGAGGAUGAGGCGAGCAAGAUGUGUGGGGACUACAUUGUCCAGUCCCAGGCUGGAGUCAACUGUCAGAACCUGUUCUCUGGGAACUACUCCAAGGACAUUGACAACUGUGUACAGGACUACAAGCUGACAGGACUGACAGUCUGGAAGGAAGACCACCUGGGGGGAAUCCAGCAGAGUUGUUACGAGGAGGUCCUGAAGGACACAGCCCAGUGGACAGACCCGAACGGCACCCCAUCGCUCCCCGCCGCCAUUACAAGCGCCCUCUGCCCCUUGGACUGUAGUAGUCAGGGACAGUGUGUGGAUGGUGUGUGCAACUGUAACACCGGGUAUGGUGGAGCGGACUGCUCUAUCUCAGUGGUAACCGCACCGUUUGUUGUAUUGGAGGACUCCAAUGUCGCCUGCGAUACCCUCAAUAAUAACUGUACCCUCGCUGUCAUCAGAGGUGAUCGCUUCCUCAACAGCUCAACACUUACAUGUCACAUGACUGAAAUUGAGAUAAAUGAUGCAGGCAUUUCUGGGCGCCUGACACCCAGUACAAAAGACACUGCCAUCUUUAAGAGUGUUUCAUCUGUGCAGUGCCCUCUACCAGCAAAGAAGAGCUAUGCUAUAAAGAUCAGUAACGACGGAGUUCACACGAGUGCCUCGGAGUCUGUGUUUGUCCUCUAUCAGUCUGACUGUUAUUCCUGUGACGUGUCUGCUGAUACAACACAAGCAAGCUGCUCUAUGUUGACAACAUCUUGUUUGAUUGGUGGAGUUUGUUAUGCAGCAGGGACCAAUAACCCCAUCAACUCCUGCCAGCUUUGUACCCCGGCCUCGUCCCAGUUCUCAUGGACAACUUCUACAGCGGCCGGCUGUUUCCCACCCUCCAGCACCACCCAGGCCCUGCCCCCCAACAAGACGGCAGUCAGCAUGAACUCCCAGACCAUCGUUAUCAUCGCCUCAGUCACUGCAGUCAUCUUCCUUGUCAUCUGCAUCGUGUUAGCUGUGGUCUUUGUUGUCAGAUACAGGGCACAGAAAAAGAAGGAGAAAUUCAUGAAGCGUUAUGAGACGGAACCAAGCGUGUUCAACAAUGGUGCCUAUGAAAAGUCAGAGUGGCGUCCAGCUUAUGGUGACCCAACAGGAGCGCAGACCUAUAGCUACCAGUCCCCAGGGGGAAAUGUCGCCUUCUAUGACACACGGAUGGCAUUAGAUGAUUAUUUUGAAUAGAUCGAGACUGAAAUAUUUCUUUUUGUGAAAAUGGACAAUAUUUAUUGAUUGGGGUUUUUUCAAAGAGGACUCUAUUUUUAUACUUUAAUAGAACAUUUUUAUAUGUUUAUCUUGAUCGCAUAAACCGGUUAGAUUGUUGUAUAUUGUGAAAUAAAUGUAAAUUGUGAUUUCAUUUGAAAUACAGAUUCCUAAGGUGUGGAAACUCAAUAUAUUUAUACCCAAUGUUUUCUCUUAUUUUGGAGUUUUUUUGCUCACCAAAAAGUGAUUUGUUUUUGUGUUUAAAAAAGAUGCAGACUUCGGAAAAGUCUUAACAUAAAGUUUUUUGUAAGUUGAGAAGUUAUUAAGGCUCAAUUUCAAGGGUAAAACUUCAAGUGGUGCUCUUUAUUUUAGAUGUACUUGUAUAUAUUGCAUUCUAUAUGAGAUAUCAUUCUUUUGUAUGAUUUUUUAAAUGAACGCUAUUUCAGUCGUGUGUUAACUAUAUAUACAUUAAAUUUAAGCUUAACUAACCAGAACAAAAUGUGCCAAGACUGUUUUUCCCCCAGAUUCCUUCACUUUUAUUUUGAUAUGCCUGAAUUCAUGUUUAUGCAUAAUAUUUUUUUUUCAUAUCUUUAAGUCAUUAUUAUGUAAGCAUUUCUAUGUGCCAGUUAUUUUCUUUCAUAUGCUUUU